UUCAUGGUGCAGCAAAUGCAGAGUCGCAAAGUUGGAACUUGAGGUUCCGCAACACCUGGCUGGCCAUUUUCUAUAAACAAUAACCGUAAUGUUUUUUUUUUUUUUUUUUUUCUUCUUCUUCUUCCGAAAUUGUGUUUAUGAACCGAAGUGUACACGGCGAGGCGAGGCGUGAGCAGAGCAUGGCGGGCAAGAUCCUUCCCCUGCCGGAUGAGGUGCGGUGCCAGUUGAGAUCAGGCGUUGCCAUCGCAUCUGUGGCCCAGUGUGUGGAGGAGCUGGUCCUGAACAGCCUGGAUGCUGGUGCCACCUGUGUGGCCAUCAGGGUGGACCUGUCCAUCUUCAGGAUCCAAGUGGUGGACAAUGGGGAGGGUGUGCCACAGACUGACCUCAAGUACCUGGGGAAAAGGCAUGCUACAAGCAAGUGUCACUCCUUAAAGGACCUCAGCAGCAACUUAUGUCACUAUGGCUUCCGGGGAGAGGCUCUGGCCAGCAUCAUCAAUUUGUCAGCCAUCGUUGACAUCACCACCCGCCCCCAAGGCAGCCCCCGCACCCUCACCAAACUGUUCACGUUUGGGAAGGAGAGGUCGGUGUCCACCGCCAAGAUCAACAGGCCAAGCGUUGGGACAACAAUCACCAUCCAGGAGUUCAUGCACAACAUGCCCGUGCGCCAGAAACUCGUCAAGGAAGCCAUUGAUGUUGAGAGCAUCAGGAUGCGAGUGGAGAGUUUUGCUUUGAUGCAUCCAAAAGUGGCCUUCAGUCUGAGGAAUGAUCGCACCAACUCUAUGGUCAUCCAGACCAAGAAGUCAAGUGGCAUCCUGGCAACCUUCCUGCAGCUGUUUGGGGUGGAGCGGGCACAGAGCAUGGCUGAGGUGCACCACUCCCUUGGCCCCUUCACUGUGUCAGGCUACAUUGGCACACAACCCCACCUCACCAAGGCACUCCAGUUUGUGUUCAUCAAUAAGAGGGUCGUUCUUAAGACAAAGAUUCACAGAAUGCUCAAUAAUUUGUUGGCUCGCAGCUCCAUCAUCAGUGCCAGACUCCACCCCAGCAGUGUGGUGCCCAGCAAUGUGGGUCCUAACAAGACACCCUCCAGUCCCCCAAAAGGUAUGAGGUUGUAUGGAAUGUUUGUGCUGGACAUUGAAUGUCCUUACAAUGAGUAUGACAUCUGUUUAGACCCGUCCAAAACUUUGGUGCAGUUCAAGGAUUGGAAUCGGCUUUUGCUCUGCAUUGAGGAGCUGGUUCUGCAGUUUGCCAGUGAAGAGAAUCUAAUGAUUUCCCUGGAUGAGAGGUACCGGUUAUCAGGGAAGGACCAGGAGGAAGGGGAAGAAGAGGAGGAGGAAGAAAAACUGAGUUUGUCCCAGAGUAGCCAGUCCCGUCUUCAGGUGUUUAGUCUCAAGAGGAGUUGUGAAGGAAGUAAUGAUGAUGAAGAAACAAGACCAGUAAAACAAAAAUAUGGGAAAACACUGAACACUCAAGACAACUUGCUGGCUGUCCACUCAGCGAUGGUCAAGAGGAUCAGGAGGAAUUCCCAGGUGUCUGAGGAGGACAAAGAAGUGAACUAUGAUAGUGAUGAACCUCAUAAUAACAACAAGGAAGCAGAAAAAGACUGCAAUGACAAAAGAAAAAAUAAUUCUGAUACAAACCAGAAAGAUGAUGAAUCCACAUUGGGUGCAGUGAAGAAUAAAAUGAGGAGGAAGUAUUGUGAAGACCAUAGUGAAGAUGAAGAUGAAGAGAGACAUAUCAAAGAACACCAUAAGAACAGUCAAGGUGAUGUUUCAAGGUGUGUUGAGGCCACAGCAGCAACUCCUCAGGCAUCCCCAAGCAAGAGUCAGGGAAAGGGAAAGUUCAGUGUUUCCCAUUCUCUCCCAGAGCUUGAGGAAUUACCUGUCACUGAUAAGAGUAACUCUGAAAGCACACACAUCUCAGAAACCAGUGAAGGUGAUGAAACUGUUUACAUUUCAGCAAAAAGAAGGGAGGGGGUGAGGAGUGUUUUGGAAGAGUUUAAGAAGGUAAUCGAGGAGAUCAAUGAAAGGGACAAGAACACAGAGAGUGAUAUGGAGCAAGCUCUAGCUCUCACCGAAAGCAGCACCAAGGAGGAGAGGAGAGAUGAGGAUGUGGAGAGGAACGCUGACAAAACAAAGACUGACACAGGCACUUUGAGCACACUGCAGGAAUUUAUGAACUUUCAUAUGAGAGAGCAGCAGAAGGAGGCAUUGGAAGGUUGUCAUACUCCAGAGGAAUAUGUGAGAGGCACCCCAACCUCUCCUCCUCCACUUAAGUCCCUUUGUGCCUCCUCUCCCUCUCCUCCUGCAGAAAAAGAAAUUGUCAUCCUUGAAGCCUGCCAGCAGUCUUCAGCAGACCCUGAGAGCCAGAGGGAAUGUGAUUUUAAGGCUGAAAAAAGGAAACCAAAUGAUGUGGGCCAUGAGGAACAUGUUGAUAAGAGAGUGACGCGAGCUUCCCUACGUGAGUCAAGGCACGGAAAAAAUCUGUCCUUGAGUAAAUCUCUGAGUGAAAAGUUGAGGAAUCACCAGAAUAGGUCUAGUGCUCUACAGUCCCUUCAGAGAUUUGGUUACAACAAGACUAAACCAGCUCAGAACAUACAGGAAACAUAUCUUGUAGCCAGAGAAAAGAUAUUGAGUGGAAGGAAAAAUACUGUGAGCAUUAAAGCAGCGAAAAAUAGUGAUAUAGAGCCAAUUCAAUGUCCCAAACUCAAUAUGCAUGAUGAAGGUACACAAGGCAAGGGCAGUGAGGAGUGCCUUGAUACAGGCUUCAAGUUUGAUCCUGUGAUUACUAAAACAUUCCAAGAAGUUGAUACUUGUCUGUCUCACAUACGGUCCUGCAGAGAGAGUGGGCCUUCAGUAGAUGUGCUUCUUAAUAGCAGUGCAGGGGACACUGAGAGAAAAAGGGCUGAGAAAAUAUAUUGUAAUCCUAUUGGUGUUUCCUCAGAGGCAGGAAGUGAUAGGAAUGGUGUGGAUAGGAGUUGUGAGAAUGUAAUGAGUAAUGUGGAUUUUAGUGGUGGAAGUGAUGUCUGUGGUACAAGUGGGAGUGGUCUGAGUGUUAGUGGCGGGUGUGGUGGUAGCAGUGACAGCAGACUCAGCACUUUGAACCAGCACACCACAACACCCAAAAAAACUAGUUCCUUGUUUAAUAUUGCAAUGAAUUAUGCCUCGUCACCAGAGGAUUCUGACGGCAGCCCAGGGAAGCCCAGUGCCCCCAACACUCCACUAAAGAUUCCUCCAUUUGUGGGCUUUGAGAAGAGCUUAGCACAUCCACAAGGUGGUCCUGCAGGACCUCCUCACAGCCUGGGUGACACUUGUACAGUUGUGAAGCCUGCUCAGAAGUGUUCUGGUUCUGGAACUAUGAAUACUUCAGGACACAGGAGUCAAGUUCCUAACACAUUUGUGGAUAGUGAAGCUCCAAGGAUAGUAAAUGAAUUGGUGACAGAUAUUGACACAUCUCACCAGACUAGCACUCUUUGUGAAAUAUCGAUUAAGUCUAAUUUAUGUAAUGAAAGGACAUUACCAGUUUAUGACAAAGAUUGUUUAACUGAGUCAGUAGAGAAAGGAGGAACUCAAUUCAGAGUUUCACAAAAUAGUUUAGAUUCCAGUACAGUUUCCUACAGUGCACCCAUCACACAGGCUUUUGAGGUGAGCAAGCCAAUGACUCAACAGGAAGCUUAUAGAGAGAGGCAGGAGGAGCAGGAGAGUGUUUGUCACCUUCAGCCAUCCCAAGGUUUCACUCCUUCAAGUAUUGAGCCAGGAAUACAAAGGUUGAGUUUGAGUGAUGAUGAAUCCUGGGUGCCUGCAUGCUCCCAGCAGAUGCAGGGUGCCAGGGGAAAUGCAAAGGCUGUCAGUAUAGAAUAUGAAGAAACAAUACAAAAGGAAACUCCUGACCAAACAUCAGAUUCUAAAUUACUGGAAUCUCCUAGUAUGCUUAGUGAAGGGCCACUCACAGAUACAGAACCAUUGCUUUCACAGAUAAACAUGAGAAACAGCUCAGUGAGUGUGUGCAAACCACCACCACAACCACCACUACCACCAGAACCCUUACCAACUGACACUCAACCUUUGCCUUCAUCUCAGGAAGGAAAAGUCUCUGAGGUAGACAAAGACUGUGGGCAAACUUCUCAAACCUCCCCAAAUCCCUUCUCAGAAUCCCUGCACUUCUCACAGCUGACUUUGCCUGAACAGGGAAGUGGUGAAGUGUCUUCUGGCACAAACAUUCUGCUUGGUAGUUCAUCACUUUCUCUUGGCCCGCCCUUCACUUACCACUCUUCGUCAAAUUCUGAGCCACAGAAGGAGAUGUCUGCAUGUAACAAUACUUUUCAAGUCAAAGUUAUUCAGAUGGGAAACAGAAAAGAGAGUCAUGAAGGAAGAGUAGAAGUAUCCAAGGAAGCAGAUUGUGAUGUAGACAUGACACAUUCCUUGCUAGAAAAAAUACAUGAAUCAGACAACUCCAGCUAUGCAAUCCAAAAAAUAUCCAUUGAUUCAUCAUCUUCAGUGCAGUCAUUGGGUGUGAUGAGUGAAGAUGCUAAAUCUUUUGAGAAUCCAGAGGUUCAUAAGGAUUCUGACUCUUGUGAAGAAUUUAGCAAAUCUGAAUAUCCAGUGCUUAGUAAUGACUUCAACUCCUGCCAAGACCUGAAAUCCUCACAUGAAGGCACAUCACAGCAGACAGAGGUAACACCUUGUGAGACACAGAGGCUCCCUCCAUCCAGCAGGUGGCAGAAGGCUGUGGACAAGGAAGGGAGGACAGUAUAUGUAGAUCUUCAGACUGGUAACUCCUCUUACGAGCCUCCUGAAAUAAAGGAUGGCCCAGUGUGGACCUGCAGCCAGCCACUUGGUGCCAAACUUCCCAAGGUGCCCAUGACUCAUGAGCCUGGGUUCAUCCCUAGAGGCAGGGCUCAGAGGAACAGGGACAGCUUCACCCUCAGCCAUGGCUUCACAGAGCUCAUGUCAUGGAAAAAAACAUUAGAAAUGAGGAAGAGGGAGAGUGCAGGUGAGGCAGGCAGUGGUGGGAGUGCAAACUCCAAUCCGGGCUGUACCAGUGCUGGGCCUGGAGAGAUGACGACCACUCCCUCAGGUGUGACUCAGGGGGUGCAGGAGGCCUUGGAGUCUCUCAUGGAGGACUGUGAAACUGAUAAUGAUUUUGUGAAGUGGACAGAAAAACCAGAAGCUUCCCCUGAGAAGUCUGAACAGUCUUCCAUAGUGGCUCAGAUCUGCCAGAUGUGGGAGCCACCAGACUUUGCCAUGGAAGCAGAGGUGUUGAGCUCUGGGCCUGAGGGAACGGGCCCAAGGGGCAGCUCAGGGGUGAGGGUGUACAACAUGAUCCACCCGUACAGGUUCUCCCAGGAGAUGCUUCACUCCUGCAAGGUAUUGGGACAGCUGGAUGAGAAGUUCAUUGCCUGCAGCCUGACGUACCAAAACCCUGAAGGACCUCCCGGCCCGGCCAGCCAGAUAGUGGUUUUGUUUGACCAACAUGCUGUCCAUGAGCGAGUGCGUCUGGAGACAAUCAUCCAGGAGAACUGUGAGAAAUUGGACUCGGGGGAGACCGUGCUGAGCAAGACUGCCGUCAUUCCCCCACUGGAGCUGGAGCUGCCAGAGGAUGAGGUGCGGCUGAUGCAAGCUUAUGCACACAAGUUCAACCAGCGGGGACUCUACUUCACACGGGCCAGUCCCUCAAAGGUCCUGUUCCAACUCAUCCCAAGCUGCCUGGUGCCGAAGGAGGCCAACGAGGUGCGGCAGAAGCGAUGCCAGACUGCCGGUGCCAUUGUGGAGAGUGUGGUGCGGGACCUGUGCCACACCAUGCACCAGACGGGGGGUGUGCUGGGUCUCAUCCCUCGCCCCAUCAGCCAUGUCUUUAACACCAAUGCUUGCAGGGGAGCCAUCAAGUUUGGAGAUACAUUGACCACAAAAGAAUGCCGGAACCUGCUCGCCUCCCUGUGCUCCUGCCGGCUGCCCUUCCAGUGUGCUCAUGGCCGCCCCUCUGUUGUGCCCGUAGUGAACCUGACCCACCUGGCCUCACGCACUCCCAAGAGGAUCAAGAAACCAAACCUGAGGAAGGUGAAGGAGGCCAUGGAGGCAGGGGUUCUCCUAUGAGGGUAUUGUUGGCUGAGGGAAGCAAGGUGAGGGUCACUCUACACCUUGGCAGUGAUAGCAAUCGGUGUGUUUGGUUUUCAGUAAGUUUUAUUGAUGAGUCUGGUAUUAUUUUCUGUGAUAUGGGAGUUAAUUGUAGUUUUAAUGAAACACUCUUUAAUUCACAUGCCUAGUCUUUAGUUUAAUCCAUAUUCCUUGUCUGGUUUUUAUUUAUAUUGUUUUUGUUUUUCAGUUAGUGGUGAUUAUUAGACUGGUGUGUUAAUGAAGUGUUUUCUGUAAUGAAUAGUAGUCUUUGAAGCUUAUGAGUGACAAUGUGAUUUUAUACUUUAACUAUUUACCUUUUAAUAUAUUUCAAGUUUUAGUAGAUUUUGAAGUAUAACUAUGACAUAGAAAUAUAACUCAUAGCACUUGUUGACAAUGAUGAAAUAUUGUGUUGCACCUUUCCACUUAUAUUUUUAAUGAUUUUGUACCUCUUCCUUACCUUUCCUUACUUUAGGGACUUUAUAUCCAUCAACCACUAGCUUCCUGGCUCUCAGUGUCUCAUGAGUCUAUUCCUCUGCUCUCCACUGUCUCUCAAUUGUUACUAUCCCAUCAGUAUUGUGUAGUUCAUGGGCUACAAACCAGACUUGCAUUUUUUUUUUUUUUUGCAUUGUUGAUUGAUUGAUUUGAAUGUGUUUACUUUGUUGGCUGCCUGGUUUAUACAGUAUGAUUACAGCACAGUUCAAAUGGCAGCCUCUAGCAGUACAAUACUACAUAUACUACAUUUUGCAAGAUGGUUGAUGCUUUCUUGGAUGUGGUGCAGUUUACUUCUUAUCUGUGAAGCAAUAUUAAACAAAGAAGGAAAUAAAUGGACACAUAAAAGGAUCAUAAGUAAUAAUGAAAAGGAUCAUAAGUAAUAAUGAAAAUUAGAUAACUUAAGAUAAAUGAUGUUUAAGUAAACAUUUCAUUGUUUUUGUUUGAUAGAUGAGGGAGUUUCAGAUCCUUUUUUUCCUUCUUCUGUCAGUUUUUUUUACUUGUAGGAAAUACAGACGUGUUCAAUAUUUUAAAGGAAGAAGGUAUUAAAUAAUUGUAAUUAUGUAAGUAACUCCUUCCUCAAAAGGCUGGAUAGUGAUUUGACAUUAAUACUUUUUAUUAUAAUCUUAGUGAAAUACAAGUUUUUUGUUUUCUUCUUCUUUUUAUGCUUAUAUGAGAUGCCUCAUAUAACAUUGAUUGUUGAUUACCUCAGAAUAUAUUUAUAUUUUUGUAUAUAUAAAAAAAUCUCUAUCAAC